AUGGCUUCAAAAGAAUGGAAGAAAGAGUCAUGGUGGUUCACGGAUGAUCGAGCCGACGAGCACAACACCAUCGAAUAUGGCUGGAACGAAGACUGGGGCUACUGGAUCAAGGUGAUGGACGAUCGUCUUAAAAUGGCCGAUGACUGGCACAGUCCGUGGAACACCCUCGCAGAACUAGACAGAUUCAGGGCAUCUGUGCUGGACGGCGGUCUUGAGGGAUGCUAUUUGAGUGCCUACACGGGGCCUCGGGGCCAGGGAAAGAAAGUGGACUUCGAGGUCUUGCUGGAUCUCUGGACAAUAUACGAAGUCCCAAACACGACGAAAAUCACCGCUGAGUUUCGCAACAUGUCUGAGCGAGAGAUCCAAGAGGUUCGCGAUACUAUCGAGGCCAAGGAGGAGGACGAUUGGGUCAACCCAUGGGCACUGACAGAGAGCCAAUGCGGAUGCGGGGAUUGCAAGGAAUGCAAGGGAUUCGAUGCAGACGAUGAAAGCGAUGAAAGCGAUGAAAGCGAUGAAAGCGAUGAAAGCGAUGAAAGCGAUGAAAAUGACAAAGAGGAGGACGACUAA